AUGCCCCGAGCGGGCGUAUUUUGGAAACAAUACCACCCCGUGCGGAGUGGCCUCCUCCCGCGCCCGCCCGCGCCCGCUGCUCGCCGCCCCUAUCCGCGCCGCCCGCCUCCCGCCACAGCCCGCUGGGUUUUUUCCCUCCAUCCCAAUCGAGUCUGGGCGCCAAGCCUCAGAGUGCUCAUCACGCUGGACCCUGGCGCGGAGCCCUGGCAUCACGACUCGGAGGCUGAGACUCUCUCCUGGAGUCACCCAGGGGAGAUGGAGCCAUCGCAGUGUGUGGAGGAACUGGAGGAUGACGUGUUCCAACCAGAGGAUGGGGAGCUGGGGACUGGGAAUGUGCUCUCUGCUGACCUGUUUGCCCAGAGCCAGCUGGACUGUCCCCUUAGCCGGCUUCAGCUCUUCCCUCUCACCCACUGCUGUGGCCCUGGGCUCCGACCAACCAGCCAGGAAGACAAAGCCACUCAGACCCUCAGCCCAGCCUCCCCAAGCCAGGGUGUCAUGCUGCCUUGUGGGGUGACUGAAGAACCCCAGAGACUCUUUUAUGGUAAUGUUGGCUACCGGCUUCCUCUCCCUGCCAGUUUCCCUGCAGGCUUGCCCAUUGGGGAGCAGCCCCCUGAAGGGCAAUGGCAACAUCGAGCAGAGGUACAGAUUGCCCGAAAGCUUCAGUGCAUUGCAGACCAGUUUCACCGGCUUCAUGUGCAGCAACACCAGCAGAACCAAAAUCGUGUGUGGUGGCAGGUCCUCUUUUUCCUACACAACCUGGCUUUGAACGGAGAAGAGAACAGGAAUGGGGCAGGUCCCAGGUGAGGCUGGGCUGCCUUCUUCGCAUGGGACACCAGGACCGCCAUCUGGAACAGGAAGGAACGUGGGGCAGGACUGACACUAUGUCUUAUGGAGUUGUUUUCUGUUGUAUUUUAAAAAUUUCUUUUUGUGUGUA